AUGAACAUACCAAUGUGGCGCGUAAGAUUGUUAAACACACCCUUCAACCCCAAGGUUGUUUAUGAUGGACACCCAACAUUGUUUACCAUUAAGUUGUACCAUGGAGGUGAGUUCACCAAGUACCCUGAUGUCUGUUACAUUGAUGGAACUAUAAACUAUGUUGACAUGGUAGAUAUAGAUGAGUUUUCAGUUCAUGAGCUCGAUGCAAUCAUGAAGGGAAAUGAUCAAGAUGUUGCAAACUUUUCUCAAUAUGUCAGUGAGCACAAAGUGAUGAAGGUAUACACAGAACAUGGUGAAACAAGACUACUCACCUAUUUCUUGAAUUCUAAGCCUGUUACCAAGGUUACCCUUGUACAGUUAUAUGAACCACAUGAGGAUGUGAAACACAUUGAUGAAGCUCCUGAUGACCAAUCAAAGGAAACACCUGUGAUGACUACACCUAUUGAUAAUUUAGUUGAUGUGGUGCCCACUCAAGCAAACCAACCUGAAAUCCAAGUCAAUGAUAUAGUUCAAGUCAAUGAAAUAGUUGAUGUGGUGCCUACUCAAGCAAACCAACCUGAAAUCCAAGUCAAUGAAAUAGUUCAAGUCGUAUCCUUGUCACCUGGAUAUAAUAGGAGAAGGGUUAUGAGAAAGGAUGGAUUGAUGGCAUCUUGCAGUAAGAAAAUAUACUUUGAUGAUAUUGGUGAGACUGAGCAGAUAGCCAAAGACUUUGUUGAGGCAGCUACUGAUUUUGAUAUUAGACUCUACCAACAAAUACUACAAAGCAAUGUUGAUGGAGUUAUUGGCACUGACAUGCAUGAUGUCAAUGAACCUCAGAUGGAUGAAGAAAACCAAGCUCAGAUGGAUGAUGAAAACCAAGCUAAGAUUGAUGAAGAAGCUGAUAGUGAUGAUAGUGAUUAUUGGGUGGAUGAAGAUAAUGUAAUUAAAGAUCUUGAAGUUGAUAUGAGGGAUUUUAACAUGAGCAUUGAUACAGAAGUAGAGGUCUUGGAUAAAAGGGCUAGGAAUCCUAGACAACAUGAGAGUGAUGAAGAAGCAGAUGAGUUAGAUGUCAUUGACAAUGAUGCUUUUGAUUCCAUGGAUGAGGAUUCUGAUCAAGACAGGAAGAGAAGACCAGUUUUGAAACAACUAAGUAAGGAAAAAAGUUGUUCUUUAGGUGAGGUUCAUAAGUGUCAUUUUAAAAUAGGACAAAAGUAUAACAGUAAGCAGGAGUUGGAAGAGAAAAUCAAAAUGCAUGCAUUGGAAACAAAAAAGAAUAUUGCAUUUAAAAAAAAUGACAAAUCCAGAUUGAGGGCCAUAUGUAAUGGAGUUGUGGCAUUUAAUAAUGAUGUGGUUGGUGGACCUACCCAAACUGAAAAAAGUAAAGGGAAAAGUAAAGAAAAGGACAAACAAGGUGGGACAAGUCAGGAAAAAGCAGAUUCUUCUUGUCCUUGGAUGUUACAUGCCUCGAGGUCUACAGAUGCAAGUAGUUGGGGGAUGAAGAAGGGAUUCAAAGCUUGUUUAAGAGAUUUCUUGGGGCUAGAUGGGGCUCAUAUGAAAGGUCCUUAUCCAGGCCAGAUCUUAACUACAGUUGGAUUAGAUUCCAACAAUGGCAUAUACCCACUUGCAUAUUCCAUUGUAGAGAUUGAAAACUGUGAAUCUUGGAAGUGGUUCCUUAAAUGUCUUGAUGAUGACUUGGAUCUACAUGCUAUGUCUAAUUUCACUUUUGUUAGUGACGUACAAAAGUUAGCCAACUGUUCCCAUGUGCUGAGCAUAGCUACAACAGUGCCAGAGUUUAACCAUUACAUGCACCAAUUCAGUCUAUAUGACAAAUUAGCAUAUGAAUGGUUGAAGUCAAUACCACCACAACAUUGGGCAAAAAGCGAUUUCACAGAAUGGUGUGGUGAUGAAAAAUACCAAGUCAAAGGCCCAUGGAAUGAUCAACAUGUUGUUGAUAUGCAUGAAAGGGUAUGUAGCUGCAGGAAAUGGGAAUUAACAGAUAUCCCUUCCAGACAUGUGAUUUAUGUGUUGUAUAACAAAGUAGAUCAUGGUGAGCGUGUACACGAGCUCCAUACUUAUGUCCACAAGGUGCACUGGCUACAAACUUGGAAAACUGCAUAUGGGUACAAGGUGGAACCAAUUAAAGGUCGGGCACUGUGGCCUAGAAGUGAGUGUCCAAUGCAGAUUACACCUCCCCCACACCGUAAUCAACCUGGGAGACCCAAGAGGAAGAGAAGGCAAUCCAUGGAGGAGAAAAGUCAAAGUCAGAGUCAAAGGUCAGAUGUUGGUCCCAGUGAGAUUCAUGGUCAUGGUCCACAUGGUAGUGGGAAACUAACAAGAAAGUUUGUUAGUAUGACUUGUAGUAAGUGUGGAAACAAAGGGCACAACUCCAGGACAUGCAAAGAUCAGGGAGGGACUUGA